UUUCUCAAUCUCAAACAACCAAUCAUCCUCUUUCCCUCUUUCUCCCUAGCCAUCCAUGUCCACUUCUUCACUUCAAUUCCACCACCAUGAACUCCCCUCUAACCCCUCCACCACCACCACCUCUCCUCCCUCACCACCACAUCCCUUCUCUCCUCUCUUCUACCACCAUCACCCGCCGCUCCCUCCUACUCUCCACCUCCCUCUCCACUCUCUCUCCACCUCGACCAACCCUUGACACCACUAUAACAGACCGUGUCUUUCUUGACUUCUCCAUCUGCUCCAAUUACUUCCGCCCAGACCGGACCCUCUCCGACACCUUCUCCACCCUCUGCACCGACUCAACUCCCCUAGGGCGCCUAGUUCUUGGCCUCUAUGGCCAUUUGGUCCCUCUCACUGUCUCCAACUUCAAAACAAUGUGCACUUCAUACUCUUACAAGAACACUCUAGUCCAUAAAAUCUUUCCGGGUCAGUUUUUUCUUGCGGGCCGGCAAGGAAGGAGAGAAAAAGGAGAGGUGAAAGUGCCUCAAGAUUUGGCAAGAAAUAUCGAGAGUGUUGAUUCUAAGGCUUUUAAGCUAACACAUUCAGGACCUGGGAUUCUUUCUUUGUGUUUAUCAGAGAAUGAUGAUGAGGAUAAUAUUAAGCUUAAUCCUGAAUACAGGAAUGUUGAGUUCUUGAUUACUACUGGACCUGGUCCUUGCCCUCAGUUGGAUUACAAGAACAUUGUUUUUGGAGUGGUUCUUGAAGGGUUAGAUGUUGUGACAUCCAUAGCUUCCAUCCCGACAUACAAACCAUCAGAUAGAAUUCGCCAAUUCAAUGACUUGGCGGAGUUUCUUGGUGAUGAAAGAGCACAAAAUGCUCGAACAAUAUGGAACAAGCCUCUUAAGACUGUCUAUAUCAGUGACUGCGGAGAGCUGAAAGUUGCAAAGCCCUCUCUUACUCCUAGCUUACCGUAGUUCAUCAUUUGUUAUAUUCAUUUGUUCACGUUACAUAUUUGCCUCCAUGUAUAUGUAGCUUGAAUUCUUUCUUCUUCUUUUUUCCUUUCUUCAGAAGGACUCUGUAAUACAUUCAAUGGAAUAAGAAUGAAAGUAAUAUGACAUAUUAUUACAUUAA